GCGGGGGCAUUAGGACACCAACGGGAGGCCUGCCGGACAGACUGACAUUCGGCUGCAACGCAGGAGGCACGCGGCCGCGAUGGCGCUGGCGCGGGCCUGGAAACAAAUGUCCUGGCUGUACUACCAGUACCUGCUGGUCACGGCGCUCUACAUGCUGGAGCCCUGGGAGCGGACUGUGUUCAAUUCCAUGCUGGUUUCCUUCGUGGGGAUGGCACUGUACACAGGCUACGUCUUCAUGCCUCAGCACAUUAUGGCGAUACUACACUACUUUGAAAUUGUACAAUGACGAAGAUGUGACCAGAAUCGAGAGGUUCCUUAGUGAAGAACCAACCUCUGAAGUUGGAAUGAGACUUCAUCAGAUGUCCUAAGAACUUCUAGAUGUCAACAUAACCAACCCUAUGAAUAUAAAGACUGAAAUUCAUGAGUAGAACAGGAAAACAAUCCUGACUCAUGUGUUGUGUUCUUUAUUUUUAAUUUUGAAAGAAGCUCUUGUACAGCUGUUUUUGUCUAUUUUAACAUUGUAGUCAUUUGUACUUUGAUAUCAGUAUUUUCUUAACCUUUGUGACUGUUUAAAUAUUACCCAGUGAAAGCUUUUCUUAAUGUAACUUUGAGUACAUUUUAAUUGCCUUCUAUUUCUAAAACUCAAAGUCAUUAGUUAGGCUUUAUUGUUCUUGCUGUUGUAUGGCAUAUACGUCUGCCUGGAUAUAUUUCUACUCUUGACCAAAGUUUUGUAAGAACUGGGGCUGGGGGCUGGGGAGGGGAGGAUAUUUUAUUGAGAACUAUUUACAAAAGACUUUUCUGUAAGUUCGAACUCAGGAGUACAGUUUUAGCUAUCUAGACUCUAACAGCUCUGCUUUAAAACUAUUACAGUGUUUCUUAA